AUGAUUUAUAGCUUAGUUUGGGGAAAUUAUCUCGUUGGUUUCUGCGUUAAAAUACUGAAUUCAGCCGUUGUGAUCGGAUUCUAUUAUGGAUUUCUGACUACAUUCUCCAUAGGACCGUCUUAUCUCUUCCUUCUUCGAGGGCAAAUCUUAGGAAAGGGAUCUGAAACGAAAAUAUCAGCAACAACCGGGUUUAUUACGGGACAGCUCAUGAUGUUUAUAUCGAUCUAUUAUGCGCCUUUGCAUUUGGCAUUGAGUAGACCUCAUACAAUAACAGUCUUAACUCUACCAACACCGCUCCCAUAUUAUUAUAUUGAGGAAAUGAUGCGAUACGAUGACAGGGACCUGGAGGAAGUCAAAGCUGCAAUAGAUUGGGAAAAGGAAGAAACUAACGAAGAAGAAGAAGAUAUUACUGUUUAUCUUUCUGAUAAAAAAGAGAAUACUUUCAACAAAAAACUCGCCCCGUUGGAAAAAUCUCUUGUAACUACUCUUUUCGAUUAUCGAAAAUGGAAUAGGCCUUUGCGAUAUAUAAAAAAUGAUCACUUUGAAAGGGUUGUAAGAGAUGAAAAUUCACAAUUUUUUUUUCAGUUCAUUAUUCACGCGAACCAGAUUAUUGCCGAGACCUAA